AUGUUGCGAACUUGUGGCUCGAACGGAAACUUCUUUGAGAAGAUCACGCGUGCUAUCAAUCAGGUGCCGUUUGACGUCAAGACCAUCCAACUGGCCUUGGAUCAGGCCAAAGAUGGAGAUAUUAUUGCCGUCACCCCAGGAGAAUACGUUGAGAGCGUUGUUGUCCGGUCAGACGUGACCAUCCGAGCAGAAAUACCUUCUUUCCAUCCUCCUGGAGCGUCGAGGGAGGUGAGGAUCGUGGCGUCAGGAGAGGGGAGUACCAUCCGGGUGUCAGCAUCAGAGAGGAAGGAAGGAGACAGGGCGAGAACAAGGAUCACCCCCCGAGUUCUGAUCGGAGAUAUUACUUUGAUGUGCAAGUCGGACGUCCUGUCGGAUCACGUGUUAGAGGUCGAUGGCGCGUAUGUGCACGUUGAGAGCUGUAGCAUCGUUGGAGGAACACAUGGGAUAUUUGCUUGCAACCAUGGAGAAGUGAAGAUGAGUUUGAGUGAGGUGUCAGGGGCGAGCAGGGCGGGGAUCAGUUGCUUCAGCGGGGCGAGGGUGCACGUACAGGACAGUAGGAUCUUGAACAAUGGGGAGAACGGAGUUGCUGUUUGUGGAUGGUCUAUCGACAAGAAUCACUUUGGGUCGAGAGUUGUCGUAGAAACUUCUAAGAUCUACAACAACAAGAUGUUCGGAGUGAUGGCGUACGGAGGAGGCAACGUCAGCCUAAGAGGAGACGACAUCAUGAACAACGAGAAAGGAGGUUUAUUCUUGAUGAGUGAAGAGACUGUAGCAGACGUCGAGUACUGCAGGAUCAAGGGGAACGGCUGUUAUGGAGCAAUCAUGCAUGCAGAGCACAGGUCUAUACCCAAGUCGCUAAGAGUCAUCAAGAGCGACGUGCGUGAGAAUGAGUUCGGAGCAUGGAAGAUCCAUCCGUCUCUGAGCAAGCAAGCUGACAUCUAUGCCGCAAGCAACCGGACGAGCCAGGACGACGACAUGGACGAUGAGGACGACGAUGCUGACAUCAAAGGAUGGCUGGGCGCCAUGGGCAUGCAGCAUCUCCAGGAGUUCUUCGCACGUGUGCGAAUAUCCUCCCUGAGAGAGGCUCGAGCGCUGUCCAUCGACGACAUGAAGGGGAUGGGCAUCGCCGACGAGUUCGCCCGCAGGCUGAUCCUGAACCGGGUCACCAAGACCGUGACGUCGAGACGGGCAAAGGAGAUCGCGUGA